AUGCCUUCCGCCUGCAGAGCGAAACCAGCUCUCCUCAAGGGCUUCCGACCCUUCCUCUCUACCCAGCAAGAAGUAGAUGCCACCCAGAAGAUUCUGUCCGCGGCCUGCUCGACAACAUGCAUCUACUGCGACAUCUGGAAGCUCGCUACUCUGAUCGCGUCUCAUGUGCCUCUCUCUACCCGAUACCAUCUGUUGACCGGCACUCCCGCCAAUUCUCCCCAUUCUUCCACACCAUCCAGCCCGGUUUCGCCCUCACCCAUAUCCCGGACGACAUCACAAUCAACAACUUAUGCCCAUGUAUUGUGCGCAUCCAAGAGGAUUGAAGCCCAAUUCCAAACUCAGCGAUCUCGAUUAUCCUCCAUCCUCAGCAUUUGCACGGUCUCGGGAGCCGAUGAAACUGAAGGCCUCAGAAUGGCCCACGAUCGGUGUUCCGCAGCAGUGGAGGAUUUACUCGAUCAAGAAGAGGAACUAGAAGAAGCUCUUCUCAAAGAUCUUCAAGAGCAGCAGUAUGCCUACGAAUACGAGUAUGGCUAUGCUGGACAAUACGGACAUUCACACGAAAGAAGACCCAGCAUGAUCCAUGUGGCCAUUUAA